GGAAUCUACUAGCGAUUCUACCCCAUUUUAGAAGCGUAUAUAAACUAGAGCACUUUUCCAGAUCAUCACAUCAUUUCACUUGCCUCGAUCAAGAGUAGAACAUCGUUUUCAGUGUUCAGCGUCGUUUUCAGAAGAACCAUCAUGAAGUGCCUAAUUGUGCUCUCGAUUAUGACCGUGGGCUGUGCCCUUGCCCAGAACGUCAACGAUGGUCGCUACUACCCAGAGGUGUAUGCUUCCAAGUUCGAUGACGGAAAGUGGCGCCCAGAUAACAACGGACAAUAUCGUGGAACUCCAGACAAGUUUGGUGCUGGAUCGGGUUCUGGUAGCCGUUUUGGUGGUGCUUCAAGUGUUCCUUCUGUCAAUACCUUCGUUGCUCCAGUAGCCCCUGCUCCUGCUCCAGUUGUUGUUGCUAAUCCUGGUGCUGGUCUCGGAUUUGGAGCUGGAUUCGGCUCUGGAGCUGGAUUCGGAUCUGGUUUCGGAUCGGCUGGCGCCAAGAAGAGCAGCUUCGGCAGCGGUUCAAGCAAUGGUCAAAACGUUGGAGUCAAGGAAGAUACCCGUGAACUGAAUGAAGAUGGUUCCUACUUCUACAAGGUCCUGAGCGACAACGACAUCGAAUUCUCUGAAACUGGACGCGUUGAGAACCUUGGAGCCGAUGCCUCGGCCAUGCGUGUUAAGGGAUACUACGAAUUCGUUGGCGAUGAUGGUGUCCGUUAUCGCGUUGACUACAUCGCCGACGAGAAUGGCUUCCAGCCCACUGGUGAUCAUCUGCCAACCCCACCACCAAUCCCAGAGGAAAUCUACGAAUCUCUGAAAGCCCAAGGACUCAUCUAAGUGAAAACCUAAGAACGACAAUAUACGGUGUUCAAUAGAGUGUAAAUUGUGACCUGAUUGAGGAGUGAAGAAUGUAAAAAUUUGAGUGUAUAAAAAUACAAUAAUUAUAUCAUACAACUGUA